GAGAUCAGCUGUGCUUCUCUGGUCUCAGCUCUGAAGUCCAACCCCUCCCAUCUGAGAGAGCUGGAUCUGAGUAACAACGAGCUGCAGGAUUCAGGAGUGAAGCUGCUGUCUGCUGGACUGGAGAGUCCACACUGCAUACUGGAGACUCUGAGAUUGAGGAGCUGCAGUUUGUCAGAGAUCAGCUGUGCUUCCCUGGCCUCAGCUCUGAAGUCCAACCCCUCCCAUCUGAGAGAGCUGGAGCUGAGUCAGAACGACCUGCAGGAUUCAGGAGUGAAGCCGCUGUCUGAUCUUGUGGAGAGUCCACACUGCAGACUGGAGACUCUGAGAUUGAGUCGCUGCAGGUUGUCAGAGAUCAGCUGUGCUUCUCUGGCCUCAGCUCUGAAGUCCAACCCCUCCCAUCUGAGAGAGCUGGAGCUGAGUGACAACUACAAGCUGCAGGAUUCAGGAGUGAAGCUGCUGUCUGCUGGACUGGAGAGUCCACACUGCAGACUGGAGACUCUGAGAUUGAGGAGCUGCAGUUUGUCAGAGAUCAGCUGUGUCCUGGCCUCAGCUCUGAAGUCCAACCCCUCCCAUCUGAGAGAGCUGGAGCUGAGUCAGAACGACCUGCAGGAUUCAGGAGUGAAGCCGCUGUCUGAUCUUGUGGAGAGUCCACACUGCAGACUGGAGACUCUGAGGUCAGUUCACUGACUCUGUUACUAUUGUAGAUCUGAUAUGUUUAAUUAACAUUUGAACCUAAUUUAUGUAAGUUACAUCCAUAAAGUUGUAAAUUUGUUUUAGUUCAUAUUUUCAUGCUUCUUGUACUGAAUUUAGUCACAAAAGACAGUUCCUUAAAGAAACUGUAGAAAAUGUCCCCUGUUAAGGCCUUUAAACAGC